CCCCCACAAUACUCUCUCACUCACUCCACUCCUCCGCCGCUAUGGACCCAUCACCAGCGGCGCCCCCGCUGCAAUCCCACCACCUCAACUACGCCGACUCCCUCGACUCUUCCCCUCGCUCCCGCAACACCGACUCAUGGGACGAGCCUCAACCCCCCACCACCAGGCUCCGCCUUAUGUGCAGCUACGGCGGCCACAUCGUCCCCCGCCCCCACGACAAGUCGCUAUGCUACGUCGGAGGCGACACCCGAAUCGUCGUCGUCGACCGCCAGACCUCCCUCUCCGACCUUUCCGACCGUCUCUCCAAGACUCUCCUCAAUGGCCGACCCUUCACCCUCAAGUACCAGCUCCCCAGCGAGGACCUCGACUCCUUAAUCUCCCUCACCACCGACGAGGACCUCGACAACAUGAUCGACGAGUACGACCGCACGGCCAACCACAGCGGCGCUUCGUCCAAACCCUCGCGACUCCGUCUCUUUCUCUUCCCCCUGAAGCCCGAGUCGUCGCAAUCGAUGGGGCCCAUUCUCGAUAUUUCAGCCAAUAAGUCCGAGGACUGGUUCUUGAACGCGCUCAAUGGCGCGUCCGGUAUGCUCAAUCGGGGCUUCUCCGACUCCGCCUCCGUCAACUGCUUGCUGGGUCUCGACGACGAUUCGAUUUCCGGCGGUGCUGCCAAUAAUUUGGACUCCGGUUCGAGAGACGUCGAGGUUUCGGUUCCUGCGAAUGGCAAGAAUGCCAAACAGGGCGGAGGUGCCGGCGGUGGGAACGGGCAGGACGUUCAAUCUGUCCCCGAUUCGCCGAUGCUUGAGAACUCCUCAUCGUUUGGGUCCACGUCAUCGUCGCCAUUGCUUGCGAACUUGCCGCCGAUUCGGGUCCACGUGGAAGAUGGCGGCGGCGGUGGAGGUGGAGGCGGGAUUGGAGUGCAGGAUCAGAAGAUGGGGAUUGAAGAGCAGUUUGCUCAGAUGACUGUUGGUGGUGGUGUUGGGCAGAAGCAAGACGACGGUGCUUUCGCGGUCCUUUCAUCGCCUCCUCAGAUGCCCACUACCAUCGUGGCAUCCGCCGCGCCGCUGAGCACGGCCACCAAUUACUUGAAUCGCGUAGUUUCGGACGAUGAGCGAUCCGAUCACGGCGCCCCAGCUGGUUACCGGAAACCAGCGCCACCGCAGCCUCAGCUUCAGCCACUGACUCUGCCUCCUCAGUCUCAGCAGCCCAAAUCUAGUGGCGUUAUUGAUUUGCCCUCCCCAGAUUCAGUUUCAAGUGACAAUAGUUUAUCAAAUGCCAUGUCUCGCCCAAAACCUGUAAUUUAUCAAGACCCAGUAGUUCAAAUCCCCUCUGCAAACGCCAGGUUUCCGGCAAACCUCGUUGAUCCGAAAUUAAAUCUUUCCGAUCCAACCACUCGGAUUCAGAUGCAACAACAGGUACACGAUUCUGGGUACGUUUUGCAAUCGCAAUUCGAUCAUCAUCAGCAGCAGCAGCAGCAACAGCAACACCACCAGCAACAAGCACAACAACAACACCACCAACAACAAGCACAACAGCAACACCACCAACAACAAGCACAACAGCAACACCACCAGCAACAAGCACAACAACAACACCACCAACAACAAGCACAACAGCAACACCACCAACAACAAGCACAACAACACUACCAACAAGCACAACAGCAACACCACCAACAAGAAGCACAGCAGCCACAUCAAUUUAUACACGCUGGAACACAUUACAUCCAGCACCACCCAGGUUCGGUCCCCAUUCCGGCGUACUACCCGGUGUAUCCGCCCCAGCAGCAACAGCACCACCAUCAUCAUCCCCAGCUUGAUCAGCAGCAGCAGCAAUACCAAGUUUAUUACAUGCCUGCGAGGCCGCCACAACCUUACACUACUUUGCCAGUUGAGCAAUCAAAUAUCAGUGAUUCUGCCACUCCUAUUCCUUCAAGCCACUCCCAAACGCCUCCUAAUCCUGCCAUUUCCUCAUCCGCGGCUUACAGCCAGAUGAGGAAUGCCCAAAUUGUCAAACCAGAAAUGGCUGCCCCAGCAGGGGUGUACAGAACGGCAACCACAGCAGCUCCACCUCUUGUUCAAGUCCCUUCUGCUCAGCAUCAGCAGCAAUAUGUCGGCUACCCCACCCAAAUUCACCAUCCGUCCCAAUCGGCCGUUCCUUCUUCCGGGGGUAAUGCCAGUUAUGCCUAUGAAUAUGCUACUGAUCCCUCUCAUGCGCAGAUAUACUACACACAACCUCUGGCGCCCUCAAUGCCUUCUCAGUACCAAACUAUGACAUCUGCGGCCGCCAGGGUGCUGCCAGAAGUCUCUGCUCAGCUUCCCACCGACAACAUCAAGCAGCAGAGAUGAGGGAAGUGAACAAUGCCUGGAGAAGGAAACAAUUUUGGGAAAGUGGGAGGCUUUGGUUUUUAUGUUUAAAGUUUAUUUAUCUGUUUCUAGAGUCUUUGGCUUUGGUAUUGGUAUAAUUGGUUAUGGUAUGUAUUUGUGAUAGAUAAUAAGGAAACUUUGGUGGUCGUCGUCGUCGUCUUCUUCUUCUUCUUUCUUGUAAGGUCACAUGGUUGCUGCUCCAUUGCCGCCGCCGUCGUCUUCAUGCAAGAGAAGUGGAUAGGAAUAUGAAAAGAUGGUCUCUGGGAUUAUAGUUAUAUACUGUAAAAGCUGGAAAACUCAACCAAACAUAAAUAUUGUGUGCUUGUGCAGAUCGGGUUUCUGAAUAAAUGUUUUAUAAGUAACAAACAGAUUUCUGUUUA